AUGUCGAGUCCGGCCGCCCUGAAGCGCAACGCGGAUCAUCUCUCCACCCCGGGGUCGGAUUCAAAGAAGCCCAAGGGCAACGCGAGCAUCGUGUCCUUCUUCGGGCCCCCCAAGGCGAGGCCGUUGACGACACAAUCGACAAAUCCAGCAGCCGCUCCAGCACGCCCCAGCAAUUUCAACAAGGAGAAAUGGGUGGCGACAUUGACCCCGGAGCAGAAGGAGCUACUGAAAUUGGAGAUUGACACCUUGGACGAAAGUUGGCUGGCUCAUCUCAAGGACGAGUGCGUCACUCCCGAGUUCCUCGCAUUGAAGCGUUUUCUCAAGAAAGAGAAAGACUCGGGGGCCAAAGUCUUCCCCCCAGAGGAAGAUGUGUACUCAUGGUCCCGACAUACCCCUCUGCACAACGUCAAGGUCGUCGUCAUCGGCCAGGAUCCGUACCACAACCACAACCAGGCACACGGUCUAGCAUUUUCGGUCCGGCCGCCGACCCGGGCUCCGCCGUCGCUGGUCAACAUCUACGCAGGCAUCAAGAAGAACUACCCGGAUUUCCAGGCCCCGCCGGACAAAGGCGGACUUCUCACACCAUGGGCGGAUCGAGGUGUCCUGAUGUUGAAUACGUGUCUCACCGUCCGUGCGCAUAACGCCAACAGCCAUUCGAAUAAGGGCUGGGAGAGGUUUACUCAGAAGGCAAUUGACCUCGUUGCCAAAGUCCGGACGCGUGGUGUGGUCUUUCUCGCCUGGGGCACUCCUGCUGGCAAGCGGGUUGCCGGCAUCAAUCGACAGAAGCACUGCGUGUUGCAAUCCGUGCACCCGAGUCCACUGAGUGCACAUCGAGGCUUUUUUGAGAACGGCCAUUUCAAGAAAUGCAACGACUGGCUUGCUACGCGCUACGGGGCCGACGGGGUCAUCGACUGGAACCUGGGGCCGACCAAGAAGAAAGCUAUGCCGUCUCCAUCCUCGAAUAAGGAGAAUGCUUCCCUGGCUGAUCCGACGUCGACUGCUAAAUCGGCGUCUGAGGACCAGCCUCUGAAGCAGAAUGAGGAUGUGCCGGUGGAUGAUGAAUUUGAUGGCGCGGAUGCUCUGGAAGCCCUGGUUGCUGCAGAGGACGAGUAG